AAAAAAGAAAAAGGUUGGAAAGUGCUGUGACAGUACAUAAAAGAAGGCCCACGGAAAUUUCAUUUCAUUGAGUUCCCCUUUGCCAAGUCUUGUCUUGUGUUUGUUGCAGUUGCGGUUGCGAUUGCGAUGGUGAAAUCGAACGAGAACGGUUCUGGUUCCGUUUCGGUGCCUCCUUUCCUGAAAAAAUGUUACGAUAUGGUGGAAGACCGCAACACUGAUUCUAUCAUCCGUUGGAGCGAUGGCGGUGACAGCUUUGUCAUCUCCGACAUCACUCAAUUCUCCGUCACGCUCCUUCCCACCUAUUUCAAACACAACAAUUUCUCCAGUUUCAUCAGACAACUCAAUAUCUAUGGUUUCAGGAAAAUUGAUACGGAUUGCUGGGAAUUUGCCAAUGAGAACUUUGUUAGAGGUCAAAAGCAUUUGUUGAAGAAUAUACGUAGAAGGAAACAUCCACACAGUGCAGAUCAGCAAAAAGCAUUGCCACAGCAAAACAAUUGUGAUGAACCAUCACAAGAAGCACCGUAUCAUGGCCUUUGGAAAGAAGUUGAGAAUCUAAAACUUGAUAAAAAUUCGCUCACGCAAGAAUUGGUCAAACUUAGGCAACACCAGGAAUCUGCUGAGAAUAAGUUGCUGCUCCUGAGUGAUCGCCUUCAAGGAAUGGAAAAGCAUCAGCAGCAGAUGUUAUCAUUUUUAGUCAUGGUUGUGCAAAGCCCUGGGUUCAUGGUUCAGCUUCUUCAUCCUAAGGAAAAUAAUUGGCAUUUGGCUGAAUCAUGGAAUAUAUUGGAUCAAGAUAAACAAGAUGACAAGCCAGUUGCUUCUGAUGGGAUGAUAAUAAAGUAUAAACCACCUGUAGGUGAAAAACUAAAGCCUGUAGUUCCUCUGUCUCCUGGUUUCGAAAAGCAACCAGAACCCGAGCUUUCUGCAGAAGGGCUAAAAGACUUGUGCGUCAGUUCUGAAUUCUUGAAAGUGCUUCUGGAUGAAAAAUUAUCUCCAUUAGAAAAUCAUUCUCCAUUUCUCCUACCAGAUUUACCUGAUGAUGGUUCAUGGGAACAGCUUUUUCUAGGUAGUCCUUUCAUGGGAAACAUUCAAGAUUCUAAUAAAGAAAGUGAGGGGCACACCAAUGGUGGAAUGGAGAUGGAACCAACAAUAUCUGAGACUCCAAAUGAAAAUUCUCGAACUUUUGAAUCGAUGAUUGUAGAGAUGGAGAAAACUCGAGAAUGAGUUGGAGUUGUAUGCACAUGGUGGGCUGUCUUCUUUGAAUCCAUCAGAUAUUUUUCAGCUGGGCUGUCUCAUACUGAGCUAAUGGAGCUUUAGUUUCUGAAACUAACAAUAUAUAGGGAAGGAAGUAAUAAUGUCCAUCAGAUAUUUUUCAGCUGGGCUGUCUUCACAGAUUACUUCACACUAUAAUUAUAUUAUAGUAUUAAGUCGCAAUUAUUUUCUCUCCCAUCUUCCUUCAGCAGUUGUUAGAUCCUCUUCUAGAAUCCAUAUUUUGGCAUCCUGAUACAUGGUGUCGGAGAUCAGGAGUUGUAUGGUAGUGCACAAGUGCGGCGACCUAUAUAUAUAGCGGAUCAAAUAUUUCUUUUAUGGAAAAUUGUAAGGGAAAACGGCAACUUUAUUUUUUGUGCCACAUUAAACAGUGGCACUUGCCUUCAUAUAUAUUAUAAAAUUUCACGAAAUUCAUGCUUCUCUUGCAUACUAGUGUUUGCAGAAGCCAGUGCUCUGAUAAUGCUCUUUCCCUUUUCUCUUA